CUGCCAUGCUGAGCAGCUCAUUCGACCAGAAAUCUUGACAGCCGAGCUACCGACAGAUCUGUCACAAGAUGGAAACAAAAGUUGCAGAUACAAAAAUAGCCCAUUUCUAUAUUCCGGUGCAACAUAUAACGUCUGCGAUUUCAUAUCGCAAGAAGACAACAAGCCACUGGAUAAAAGUUAUGGAGACGGUUCUUUAAAUGAAAUAUGCGCUUUUAAAUUGGAUCAGGGAAAGAUUGAUGAGCUCGCAAACGAUUAUUCUGAAACGUGCGUAUCUUCUAGGCGCGAAAACACAAUACAAAAGGAAUCUUGCAAGGAAACAGUCAAAAAUGACAGAACUCCCUCAAAGAACGAAGAUGAAUCUCAAUGCAAAUCGAAUCGUAAAAGAAAAACACGUGACAAAAUACCCGAUGGUAUGAUUAUUGAUCUUAGCAAUAAUAUAUAUGACACUUCCCGCGGCGGCAUAAAAAUCAACAUUAUUUCCACGCACAAUCUAGUACCUGAAAUGAAAUUUGUCGCAGUACCAAAGAAACAAUAUUCAACGUGGAAUCGCAGUCCAAGAAAAGUGAUGAAGAAAAUGAUCGACAAUUCUAUAUUGACCGUGCUUUGUUUGGAAAAUGGCAACAAAGUGAAGAAAACUCAGAGGUCAACAAAACGCAAAUGUAGAAAUUAUUCGAGAAAGUCAAUGAAUAACAUAUUACAUAAGAGUGCCAAUACGACUGUCAAUGCACCAACAAAAUUCAAAAAUACAUUAAAUGGCCAACAAAAGUUACAUGUAAAAAAUAAUACGCAGUCGCUUUGUAUGCCUCAUGAAAUUCUUGAUUCAAUGCAAUGCUGUCAUCACGAUAACACGAUGGUUGAUAUUGAUAACGUACGAUAUCCGAUAUUGAACACAGACGAAACACGUGUCGACACAGGGAAAUGUACCACAAACUACUGCUGUUCAAUUUUUAACGACACACAUCAAGAAUAUCACAUUUGUGAUCGGGAGGAUUACAAUACAGAUGGUUUUGAUUUCAAUGCCGAGAUGCAAACUGAUUGGAUGGCCGAGUACUUUUAUCCUGAAUAUACCCGCACGAAGAGCCACCGAUGUUUCUGUAACUCAAACGAGUGCAAUUCCAACAUAAAUAUGCAACACGACCGUUGUCUCCUGAUGUCACGAACGACAAAAUUGUUUGAAAAUUCUGAUCUUCCGAAGAAGCAUCAAAGAGAAGAGGUCGAGCGACUCGAAUCUGAUAUCGCGCUUGAACUCGCAACAGAAGCUGAAUAUUCUCCAGAUGGAGUCGAAUGGUGCACGAAUUGCGACGGAGAGAAAGGAAGUUCGGCGAGCACAAACCGGAAACUCGCCGAGUCUGGCGGAAACGUUACUGAUCUUCGCGAUUCACGUCCCGUGGAUGCACCGCUAUGUGAAAUUGACACGCGUUCUGGAAAGAGCGAAUGGCGGACGACGACGACAACGGUGGUGGAGAAAGACGGCGAUCGGUCAUAUAAAUCAGAUUCAUUGAAAGUCAUCGAUACAUGGGAUACAGGCGCGUGGAGAGACAACUGUAUCGGACGGCGUUGCGCAGACUGCGUUGUCGCGAAACCGUCGCGUUCAAACCAGCAUCCCGGGGAAAAAGGCGGAUCCGCCCGCGGAGUGGAUUCGAAGUGGCGGAAGAGGCGAUUCGUGUCCAAUUGA